UUUCUGUUUUGUAUGUGCGGACCUAUGUGCUGCAUGUAAAAAAUGUUCUGAUCGAAACAGCGAAACAUUCGGCAGUCGUGUUUUGCGAUGCGUUAGGGAGUCGGGGAGAGACCAGGUUAAAGUGCGAGCAAAAUCCCUCGCUCCAGUGCGAAUUGCAUUGAGAAGGUUACACGGGAGAGUGGGGAAAGGCCAGCGCUAGGCAAGGUAACAAAGUGGCGGUGGAGAGAGAACUGGGCAACAAGUGGCUUUGACGUUAGUUACUGUUUAACAUCUCCACCCACUUGGAGCCGAUUCAAAGAUCGAUGCGGUGACAGCUUGGCCAGGCCCCGGCGCCUGGGAGGCAGCCGAGCUCAGCGGCAGAUGGCAAGGGAGCACCUUCUACCUACAGAGUCCUCCCUCCGCUGCGACCCCGGCCGCCGACAGCCGCCGCCUCUGCCGCCCACUGCAAUGACAGCAGGCGGCGCGGAUGCCUCGUAACCAGACUUAAGAGGAAUUUGAUGGCCAGGGGAGACUAUCCUGGAACGGAACUGCAGAGUGCGAGAGGAGAUAAAUAUAUCAUGGAGCUAUCACAAAUCCAAGAGAACUGCAUGUUUGAGACUUCCACAACCGAGCCAAACACCAUGAACACAUCAGAGAGUGGAAUAAGCAGUUUGUGUGCAAUCUGUGGGGACCGAGCCACAGGCAAACACUAUGGUGCCUCCAGUUGCGAUGGAUGCAAGGGUUUCUUCAGGAGAAGCAUAAGGAAGAGUCAUGUAUACUCAUGCAGGUUUAAUCGGCAGUGUGUUGUUGACAAAGACAAGAGGAACCAGUGCAGAUAUUGCAGAUUGAAGAAAUGUUUCCGAGCUGGGAUGAAGAAAGAAGGUAAGACUGCCAAAGGAUGGACAGCUGUACAAAACGAACGUGAUCGGAUCAGCAACAGAAGGAACAGCUACGAGAGUGGCAACUCCCCUUCCAUCAAUGUGCUGGCUCAGGCUGAAGCCCUUUCUCAUCAGCAGAUCGCCCUUUCGGUUUCUGCAGCAAACACAGACAUCAACACGAAGAAAGUUGCUACUAUUAGUGAUGUCUGUGAGUCAAUGAAGGAACAGUUGUUGAUUUUGGUGGAAUGGGCAAAGUACAUUCCAGCUUUCUGCGAACUGCCUCUGGAUGAUCAGGUUGCUUUGUUGAGAGCACAUGCUGGGGAACACUUGCUGCUUGGAGUGGCGAAGCGUUCUACAUCGUAUAAAGACAUCCUAUUACUAGGGAACGAUUAUGCUAUACAUCGCAACAGUCCGGAAAUGGAAAUUAGUCGUGUGGCAAAUAGGAUUUUGGAUGAGUUGGUGCAGCCUUUCCAAGAAAUUCAGAUAGAUGACAAUGAAUAUGCCUGUUUGAAAGCAAUUGUGUUCUUCGAUCCAGAUGCAAAAGCUCUAAAUGAUCCAACAAAAAUCAAGAGCAUGCGUUAUCAAGUGCAAGUUAGUUUGGAGGAUUACAUUAAUGAUCGACAGUAUGAUUCUCGAGGACGAUUCGGGGAACUGCUGCUGCUGUUGCCAACUCUUCAGAGUAUAACCUGGCAAAUGAUUGAACAAAUUCAAUUUGUCAAACUUUUUGGACUAGCUAAGAUUGACAACUUGCUCCAAGAAAUGCUGCUGGGAGGUACAACUAAUGAAGCAAGUCAUCUCCAUCAUCCUUUAAACCCUCAUGUAGCCCAGGAUCCCAUAACGGGCCAAACCAUUUUGAUCAGUUCAAUUCCUACAGCAACUCACAGUCAACAGAUAUCUGCACCAGAAACACCACUACCAUCUCCUCCACAAGGUUCAGGACAAGAGCAAUACAAGCUUGCUUCAAAUCAACUAUCCGUUAUUUCUCAGCAUGGUCCGUUGCCAAAACCAAAGGGCUUAUGAUGCCAAACAUAAAGAAUGACAGAUUGUGCUUUUCUAUCCUGUUGAAUACGAGAAAGAUGAAUUAAAUUACAGAAUCUGAAUCAAGCCAUGGGUAGAAAGCAACACUGCCAUUCUGUACAAUACUCCAUUAAUUUCAUGACUUUGCCAACAAUUUGUUUUAAUGGAAUAUGCCACUGCAGGAGCAAGAAGUCUUAAACACAUGUUGCAAUCUCAGGUUAAUAUUUUAAAGAGAUUUUGUUUAAAGCUAGUUGAAAAUGGAUAAACUUAUCACGUCAUAAUUUUUUAUAAAUUGUAGAUUAAAUUCAACCAUUUUUAAAAUGGUUGGCUGUUUUACUAUUUUACAUAUUAAAGUAGCAAUAAUUACAAUGUUUGACAGGGAAUAAAAUAAUUGUGUCAUAGUUGAUAAUGUUAUGAACCACUGGCUUCUCUUAAGCUUUGAUGUACAUGAAGAUGUCUAAAGAAAGCACUUAUAGAAAAUUACUAAAUGAGUUACAAAGUGGUAACACAACCAAAGUAAGAUAAUUGCAAAAUUUCAAAUUUACAUUAUUACAACCAGUAUCAUUAUACCAAGUAAUUU